UACAUACUUCGAUGUCAAAGCUGGUUACUGUCCUACAAUAAAAUAUUAAAAAUAUUGUAGAAAAAUGGAUAUAAAUUAUUAAAAAUAGUGAAAAGUUAUUAAAUAAUUAGUUGUUUAUGUGAAAAACUAUUGCUAUUGUUUUAAAAACAGCAAAAACCACACGCAGGUGCGUACGCAGCCGUGACAGAAAUAUAGGAAGUCCGCAGAUUCCUUUUUUCAAUGCGGCAAAAUCAACCAAAGAAAAAAUAAGAAACCAAAGAAUAACGAUUAAAUGCAAAAAUUGCUGUAUUAAAUUAAGUAUUAUUAAGUAUCAAAUCCUUAAAGUAACAUUAAAAACUGAAAAUGAAUGUAUCCACCGUUUCGACCAGUACGAAUACUGCAACUAUAAAUCAAAAAACCUACAAAAUUGAAAUGAUUGAAGAUGUUCAAAUGAGUGGUCAAUCAGAUGACGAUGACGAUGAUCCGCCAAGUAGUCCCGGAAGUCAAUAUGAGGAAGGUGAUUUAAUGCAAAUGACAUUAAAUGAUGAAGUUGCAUCUCAACUUGCUCAGGCAGGACCUGUUGGAGUUGCGGCAGCUGCUGCAAUCGCUUCGGCGAAAAAACGUAAAAGACCACAUUCUUUUGAAACAAAUCCUUCAAUAAGAAAACGUCAACAAAACCGUUUAUUACGUAAAUUAAGGCAAAUUAUAUAUGAGUUCACUGGAAGAGUUGGACAACAAGCUAUUGUAUUGGUAGCAACACCAGGAAAACCUAAUACAACGUAUAAGGUUUUUGGUGCAAAACCACUUGAAGAUGUUGUACGUAAUUUAAAAAAUAUUGUUAUGGAUGAAUUAGAAAAUGCUUUAGCCCAACAAGCUCCUCCACCACCCCAAGAAGAUCCAUCAUUGUUUGAAUUACCACCUUUAAUAAUUGAUGGAAUUCCAACACCAGUUGAGAAAAUGACUCAAGCACAGCUUAGAGCAUUUAUUCCACUGAUGUUGAAAUAUUCAACUGGUCGUGGUAAACCAGGUUGGGGAAGAGAAUCAACGAGACCUCCUUGGUGGCCAAAGGAACUUCCAUGGGCGAAUGUGAGAAUGGAUGCAAGGAGUGACGAGGAAAAACAAAAAAUAAGUUGGACACAUGCAUUGAGAAAAAUAGUUAUUAACUGUUAUAGAUAUCAUGGUCGAGAAGAUCUCUUACCAACGUUUUCUGAUGAAGAAGAAAAAGUUGGUCAAAUGCUUCCAACAACACCAACAACGACAACUGCAGUUGUCACUAAUAAUAAUAAUGUUGGUGUGUUAAAAAUUCAUAAUUCUGGAACAAUAAUAUCAAAUGCUCAAGUAGUACAGCAAACUCAAUCACAGCAGCAGCAUACACAGCAACAUCAACAGUCAUCACAGCAACAACAACAGCAUACGCAGCAAAUAGUUCAAACUCAACAACAGCAAACUUCAGAUGGUACGACUAAAAUUCAAAUUCACACUACUCCCACAAAUAAUGCCGCUGCGCAAACUAUCACGAAUGCUCAAGUUUGCCUGGAUCCAAUGACUUUGAAUGAUGUCGAUUAUACACAAGCAGUGAUUUCUUCAAUACAAAAUGCUGAUGGAACCAUAUCAUUGAUACAAGUCGAUCCUAAUAAUCCUAUAAUCACUUUACCGGAUGGAACGACUGCUCAAGUGCAAGGAGUAGCAACUCUUCAUACAACUCAAGGUGAAGGUGGCGCAACUAUCCAGACUGUUCAACAAUUAACAGAUACAAACGGUCACGAAAAUAUGACUGUAGAUUUAACUGAAGCUACUUUAGGACAAGAUGGACAAAUAAUAAUAACGGGAGAAGAUGGUCAAGGUUAUCCUGUAUCAGUAAGUAAUAUGAUUACGGUACCAGUUCCAGCUUCAAUGUAUCAAACAAUAAUGGGAAAUAUAUCACAAAUUCAUCCAAAUAGUGAAGGAACAGUUUGCAUUACACCAAUGCAGCUUCCAGUUUCUUCAGGAUCAAAUAUUUGGGAACAGCUUAGAGAUAAUGGAAUUGAAGUGAUUGAAAAUGGUGAACAUAUGGAAACUAUAACGAUAUCACCCGGUAUGCAACAGAUAAUGGUUCAAGGACCUAAUAAUGAGCCACAAGUUUUACAAGUUUUAAGUUUAAAAGAUGCUACAGUACUGACAAAAGCUAUGGAGGGAAUAAAUGUAAAAAAUGAAGACAUUAUGAUAGAACAGUGAACAUCGAAACUUAUUUAAAAUAAUAUAUAAAAAAAGUUUUAAUAAUAAGUAUAAGACCAUAUAUUAUACAUAAUAUAUCAAUAAUGUUUUAUAUGAUUGAUAAGAGAAAACAAAAAUAAUUUAAAUAGAUUUUAAUAAUUGAAAAAAAAAAUCGUAUAUACAUUAUAUUCAUAAAUUUAAAAUUAUAGAAUUUUUAAAAAGUACGUAUAUUAUAAUAUAUAUUUGAAUAUUAUAGGAAAAUAUUUUAGAUCUAUAAAAUUUAUUUCCAAAAUUAAAAUCAUUUCUAAUCAAACAGAAAACAUGAAUAUAAGAA